CCUUCAGGAGGAGGUCCUUCGCACUGUCCUCAUUGAAGUGGAGGCGAUCCUGAACUCCAAACCGUUGGGGUACGUUCCCUCCGACGUCAGUGACCCAGACCCGGUCACUCCCAACUGCCUGCUGAUGGGGCGGCCCGACGGGUCCCUCCCGCAAGUAGUCUACCCCAGAGACGAGCUCCUCAGCCAGCGGAGGUGGAAGCACGCUCAGGUGCUGACAGACCACUUCUGGGCUCGCUUCAUCAGACUGUACUUACCUGGGCUGCAGCUCAGACAGAAGUGGCAGUCUUCCUCGGCCGACGUCACAGAAGGCUCUGUGGCAAUGAUCGUGGACCCCCAGCUCCCUAGGGCCAUGUGGCCUAUUGGGCGCAUCGUCAAGAUCCACUCCAGCCCUGAUGGUCACAUCCGGUCCGCGGAUGUGAAGGUCAGAGACCGCACCUACACCCGACCUGUCGCCCGGCUGGUGAUUCUGCCAGCCCUUCCAGUCGGGGAAGAGAGUCGUCCCACUUGAGGAGCCUUUUCUUUGUUGCAAAUGUACCACGUACAUUUGGGGGCGGCUGUAGAAAAGACUAUGGACUUUUAGUUUGAUAAAUAGUUUUCCCUGGUUAGUUAAUGCAUUUUCUGAGUUUAGCCUAAUGACUCUUAUUUUGACAUCGCUAGUUUCAGGAUAUGACAUCACGCUUUCCUCCAUCUUUGUGUAGUUCAGAUGCCAUGAUUCAGUUAUACCUGACUUCAGAAAGUUUCCCCCUUUCAUCUGAAUUAAUCCUUGUGUUUGUGUGCAUAAAUGAUCAACGAAUAAGGAUGGCCAGUCCCAGAUGUCCUGGAGCGAUGGAAGCUAUAAGAUGUUCAGUGGAAUCGUGGGCAGAGUUCGGUUUGUCCAACAGUGCCAACGUGAAGAUACUUUUGGCUGGGACAACAGUUCUCUUUUGCUCUGGUAGCGACAUACUCCUAUUCAGCAGCAAGGACAAGAGACUCUCUGCUGUUCUUCAGUUCGACACUCCUGUUACACACCUGGCGUUUAGUGCCCGACGUUAUAUUUAUGUUCUCUGUGAGAAAGAUGGCAUUUAUUGUACCAGUCUACCACAGCAGUCCAGGCCUCCCUCUCCAAUACCUGUCGUGGAUCAAGAUCCCGUUUUGCAGAGAGUGGCAGAGGACUCCAUUCUGCUCAAAGACCCGACAAUUGAUUCUUUCCUUUUGGCUGAGGACCUCCUCAUCACUGUCUCUCGGGAGGAGGCCACAUGGACCUUGGAUCUUUACAGAGUUUCAGACGGCUCCUCCUCGAAACCCGUCAGCCUCCGCAAACUAGCAGAGCACCGUGUGUCGGCCAUUAAUACGGCUCAACCACACGGGAAGACUGAAGUAAAUGUGGAUGGAAAAGACUUGUGGCCAGUGUUGAGUUGCAUCUACCCCAGUGGAGGUGCCUCAUUACCAGGAGACCUGAGUGGAUCUCCUGGCUGUUUCCUGUUGGAGCCGGUUCUCUUUACCCUCCUGUUUGGGGUGGAUGCUGCUCUCGUCAGCUCCCCUGUGGUCCUCCUUGGCUUGCCGGAUGGGCGCCUGUGCUACCUGCCCCUUAGGAUCCCCACGCCCUCCGCGCCGGGGCAGAGGGCGGGACCGAGAGUCCUUCACAGCCUGGAGCAGCCAGUCGCGUUCAUCGGAACCUCCUCCGUUGCCACGGAAACGGGAGGGUGCUUGCCAAGAAGCCUGGUUGCGAUUGGACAGACGGGGAGAGUGCUGCUGGUCACGGCCAAUGAGGGAGGGGGUCAGGGGAAGGUGGAGCGGUUCAGUGAGUUCAGCAUCCGGGGCCCGGUGGUCUGUGCGUAUCUCAGCAGCAGCCAUGUCUACUACAGCACCGCGACCGACCUGCUGUCUUUAAAGCUGAACGCACCGUCAGCAUCUUCGUCGUCCUCAGAUCAGCCAGGACCGCCAGACCCCCCCACUCCUACCCCCAUCAGUUUGAACGUCUGUGGUGUCAUCGCCAUGACACUGGCUUCUAGUGACCCGACAGAGGGGGGCGCUGUGGAGCUGCUGGCACUGUCUCGCCGUGGAAGGCUCCAGAAGAUCCGCCUUCCUCAGGGGACCUCCGGAGGCAGCGUGGCCAGGCUGCCCUCAUCUCUGGCGGGGCAGAGAGUGAAGGACCUCCUGGCGGGGAUUGGGAACGUCUGGGAGAGGGCAUCUGCACUUAAAAACACCGUUCAGCACCGGAACAAGAGCUUGAGGCUUCUCAACCAAGUUCUCAAUAUAUGCAGUCUGAUGUCCAAUCAGAAAGCAGAAAAGCAGACAUGUGACCAUCAGCAGCCAAUCAACUGUCACGGUGUCACUAGUUGGAGUUGUGUGCUACAGAACGAUUCCCUGAUGCUUACUUGCACUUUGGAGAACAACAGUGCUUUCGCCCUAGAACACGGCUGGUCUCUCAGUGUCCAUAUCUAUCACAUGUCCGGUUCCUGCACUGCUGAAAGAGAGAACCCUUCGAGAACUUACACUUUCCCAGUCCAGAAGCUGAGCCCGGGGCAAAAGCUUGACGUGACACUGCCUCUAGGAUCCAGUCACUCUCUCUCUCUCCCUCUGACUGUGCAUUGUUCUCUCAUGUUCUCCAUGUGUUCUCUUGGUUCUCCAGAGGAUCCCAAUCUUCCAGAGAACACAGGCAUUCAGCCCUCAUCAUUACCUAUCCGCCAAUCAAACUGCAUCUGUCUGCACCUGAACACACUGACAGUAGACCUGCUGGACGCUCUCCACUUUGAUGCUAGCAUGUCACUCAGCAGCGUCUCCAAGCAACCCCCCGCCCCGCUCGACGCGGUACACACCCUCCUCGACUCCAGAGGAUCGGUGAGGGGUGACCCGACGGGCCAGGGUCAAAGGUCGUCACCGUACUCAGCAGUAGUGAAGCUCUCUGUGGAGCUCCUGAGAGCCAGCCUCAAAGCUCCAGGGGUGGAUGCAGGCGCAGGGGAGCCGGGGGCCAGCGUGUCCGCUCUGAGGUGGCUGCUGAACGGGUGUCCUGGUGCUAGGGGCCUGGUGGAGGCUCUCCAGAUGCCCGCGGUGACUGGGCGAUGUCCUGCAGGCCACACGGCCAGGAUGACCAUCAAAGAGGUGACCCUGAGCGACGUGUCCAUAGAGGGGCCAUUAACUGUCUUAGAGAUUCUGAUUGAGAGUUUUUCCAUGGCAACCGUAUGUGGACUACACUAUGCAGUGCUCCGACGCAUCCAGGUCCUGCCAAGACUCAUUCAGACAUGUCAUAAACCACACAUGCAGCUGGGAGAAGAUCAUAUGAGACGGGCUAUGCAGCGUGCUGAGGCGCUGUAUAAAGCCCUUCAGGAGGCUCUGGUGCCCACUGCCCUGGGAGUCAGCCCCAGCAGCAUCAGGACCAGCCACAGACUGCUCAGCAUCUACCAGCAGCUCAGAGAAAACCCACUGCUCAUCCUACGGUCAUUUCAUUGAAGGCUUCAGCGGUCAUAAAGAACCAUCUUUUCUGUACAUGAUGAGGGGAGGAAUUAAACUGAACAUCAGAUCUUCUACAUUUCAGUUAUUAAUACUAUAAACUAAGUUGUACGUGGUGUGCUGAAGCCCCUUUCUGAGAACAAUAACUAUGAAGCCUGAAUGAUGCUACUUUGAGGGAAAAGAAAACAAAGUAAAAGUACUACUAUUUAUGUAAAUAAAAGAGAUGGAUUUCACUCUCA